CAGCGCCGAGUUGUGCAGAGAGGCUAAAGCAAAUUUAUCAAGAUAUUACAAACUAUGGACGCAGUGAUGGAGGAUUUAGUACGGUCAGAUGUUGAUGCUGAGAUGACAGUGUUGACCCCUGAAGAUAUUACUGGGCAAAACCUUGAUGCUGGUGAUGAAGUGGAGACACUUCGAAACAGUUUACGUGAGGCUGUCCAUGAUGACAACGUCCGGCCUAAGAUGCAGUGCCUGAUGAUGGACUCCUCUUUCUCCAUGGUGACUAUGCAAGGCGAAGACAGCGGAAUCGCGUGGGAGACAACCCCGAGUCGCUGCACCACACCGUGGGCAUCUGAAGCUGGAAACCAUACUGUGGAUCUCAGCUCUCCGGCUGCAGCACGGCCUGCAACACCUGGGUCUCAUCCAGCAGGAAAGAUAAUCUUUGUUAUGGAUGAGGAGCUGAUGUCAAGGCGGAAGAAAACUAAAGAGAGGGUAAGUCAGAAAAGCAAGCCAAUCCUGUUCGAAAGCUCUGAAAACAUCUCAGGACGGCCAGAGCUGGUGGAAGUCUCUCAACCCAAUGUGAAAACUGAAGGAGAAGGAGACCAAGAGGAACCGGCUGAUCCUCUGGAAGAUAAAGAGCAACGGCUGUUCAGGUUGGUGUCUGAGGGCUCUGAAAUCCUCAACAUUGUUGUUCCUCCUAAACUGGUCACAGUGGAUGAGGAGGUGAGCAAAGAAAUGGUGGACAAUCUGUCGUACCUGGAGGAGAGUCCUGUUGCUAAAGCCAGUGAGCAGACCCAUGACAAUGAACUGAUGAUCUCAUUGGGAUCAGAUGCGGCACCAGGUGGCCCGGCCAAGCUUACACCUGCUGCAGGUCCCAGGGAUCCACCAGGGGCUCCAGUGCCCAGACCUCCAGGCAGAGCAGCUCCUGGAAAUGUGGACUACUUUGAGGCAUUUAAUCUGGUUGAUGCUCAGGCUCCAGGGAGUCCUGCUGUGAUUGCACAGGGGCAGGAGGAACCAGAGGCCGAGGCUGCCGCUGAGAGCCAGGACACUAAGAAACCUGUUCAGUCUAAAGACAACACGGUCACUGAAAGUGUGAAUACUGACAAGUCAGACACAGUCAGUCUGGAGGAAAUCACCAGUGAGCUUCUAGAUGAAGUCUUCUAUGGUGGUACAGAGGACUACAUGAAAAGUCUAGACUCAGCGAGCGGAGGUGGAGCUGCAGGACGUGCGCCCUCCAGGCUUCCUUCAAAACCAAGUGGUUCAAAUUUGUUUGGAAGCCAAGAGGACAUCCUGACUCCAAUCUUCCUACCUGAUGGACCACCGAAAAUUAUUGACCCCAUUUUGCUGGAGGAGCCCAAAGCCAUGGCCUUCCUUUACACUGACCUGUAUGAGGAAGCAAUCGGCAGCCGGAAAAAAGAAGAAGACACAGAAAGUAUGACCUCUGAGAAGUCCUUCCACAGCAGACAUUCAGACAGGGAGGCCAGGGGAUAUUUGGAGAAAUACGUCCUUAUCGAUGAGACUCCUGUGGUGGAGGCGGAACCAACAGACAAAGAAAAGCGCCCACAGGAAGGACCUCGAACACUGACCCAAGACUUGUAUGAUUUUGGAGAUUUUAUAUCCAAGUCUGAAAAAGGUGAGGUGCCAAACACAGAGGAGGAAGUCACAGACUUCUUUAGGUCAAGUGCAAAUUCCUCUCCGUGCGAUAUAGAGCCUUUCCCUCGUUCGCUAGAAGAAGAUGACACACAGACAACAACAAAAAAGAAAGCCAAGACAGAGAAAAGUGUGUCUAUAAAAGUAGAAAAAGCUGCAGAAAAAUCUGUAGAUCCACUUAGCAUCUCAAGCUUUGAGUUCCCCUCAGAGGAACCAGAGUGGGGAGGUACAGAUGAACAUCCUACCGGCCUGGACGAGAAAACUGUCAGUGUGCAUACAGAUCAGGAAGGUUCAGACACAAAUCAUCCAGUCGCUCCACCAAGGAAAAAAGUGUCCACUCCUAAGGCUUGUCUUGAACUAGCACCUCUGACUCCAGUUGACGUUAUUACACAAGAAAAAGAGGAAGAAGCAGGAGGGAAGGAGCAAAGGGAGGAGGAGAAAGAGACAGCGUCACCAGCAGAGACUGCAGAUGAGGGCGAUGGAGAUGGAGAGGAAACAAUGGCGGCGUCCUCUGAUGUGACUCCAUCUGAGAACGCUGCGGUAAAAGCUGGGCCUUCAGAAACUCAAAGUGUACAAGAUGGCAAUGAAAAACCAGCUGAAGAGGGAGACGUCAAAGCCAAAGGAGAGGGAAGAAGUGAGGCUGAAACAGAUACAAAACAAACUGACGUAAAAGAGACUGAUGCUACGGAGAUUACUGCAGAGGAACAAGGAGAUACUUCCACUGCUGUAUCAACUGAACCAGCUAAAAACAAUAGACAGUGUAUAAUUCUUUACUAUAAAUACGACUGUGAACCUGAUACCUUGUCUCAGCUAAGACUUUGUGCUAACUCCGCAAUGGACAAUGUCCCCGGUGUUAGCCCCGCGGACCCCCCUGGAGAAAACGGACCAGACAGCUGCGACAGCUCCUCCACGGACGAUGGGUUAGUGGACGCUUUCGGGGACCUGGCUGCCCUCCCGGUGGAGGUCGGCGAGAGAAGACCGACCUGUUUACGGUGCCGUCGCCCUCAGAAGGUGUGUCUCUGUCCUUUUCUUCCACCACAACCCCUGGAGGUGUCCACAUGUCUGUACGUAGUGCAGCAUCCUGCAGAGGAGAGCCGAGUACUUCGCACAGUGCCUCUACUCGCUGCUUGUUUGCCACAAGGAAAGUGCAAUGUCAUCGUGGGAAGGAGAUUUAACGAGGAAAAGCACCCGGAGCUGGCUGCGGUGUGUCACGACAGCAGAACGCUGAUCCUGUACCCAGGUCCAAAAUCCCAGAACCUGGAGGAUUUAGUGCAAUACCAAGAAGUGGGCACCGUGAAACAUAACGUGAUCAUCAUAGACGGCACCUGGAGUCAGGCCAAAAACAUGUUUCUCAAGAACAGCCUGUUCCACCUGCCCAAACAGGUGCAGCUCAACAGGACUCUGUCCAGUCAGUACGUGAUCCGCACUCAACCCUCCAACAUCUGUCUGUCCACGCUGGAAUGUGCUGCCGUCGCCCUGUCAAUCCUGGAGCGGAACGAUGAGAUCCAAGAGGUUCUGCUGAGGCCCCUGAAAGCUCUGUGCUCCUUCCAGCUGCAGCACGGCGCUCAGAUUCAUCACAGCAAGGAGCAUCUACUGAGGAACGGCAUGUACGACAAACCCAUGCCCAAGAAUAAACGCAAGAUAAAGAGGAUGGAGAAACUCAUCACUGACCACAACAUCUGCCCAAGAUGAGGCCGUGACUUAGCCGAGAUAAGAGGCUUGACUCAUCUCUGUUUGCACUGCUGUGUACACUGUGUGGGACUGAAUCAUCGCCGCAGAGCAUCAGGGUGCAGGCAGGGAGACCGCUGGACUUUGGGGGGAUUUUUUCUUUUUCUUUUUCUUAAAAUAUAUGUAACUUAUAUAUUUGUCAUUCAUUUUACACAAAUUAAUGACAACUUAAAGCUGUACUUGAAGCGUCGCGUCGACAGUAAAUCAGGUUUCUCGCUUUUAUUGUUUCGAUACCGUUAACGUAUUUCCACCUUGAAUUUUGUAAAAACCUACGGUGGUUCUGUUACGUUGCUAUGAGUUAAUGUGGCUGUAGCUGGUCACAUCUGGAAGGGCUGAUUCCACUGAUGUUUUUAAAAAGCAAAAUCUUCAUUCACAUAAAUGCCAAAAAAUACAAUAAAAAUAACACAAACUACCAAAGACACACAACAUGGCAGUGAAAAUGGUGAUAGUUGGGAUUUGUAUAAAACUGUAUGUGAGGUCGACAUGGUUGGUAAUAGAACUUUACUGCAUAAUUGUCACAAUUGUCUCUGUAGGCCUACAGUUCUAUAUUACACAAAGCAAUUAAAGUACUGCAUAAGGUUUUUCUAUGCCACAAAUGACAUCUCAAAAAAUACCUACAUGAAAAAAUAUUUAUUUUCAUUUUUGAGCUCAUUCAUACAUCAGACAACUACUGAAACAAACUAUUUAUAUCUGCAAAAGUAAUCACUUUUGACGGCAAUUGUGUGGUGAUUUUAUAUGUGGACGUUUUAAAGCCGCUUUUCAACUUGGUCAAAACGGUGUUUGAGAAUAAAAUUACAGUGUAAAGAUGUAUACAACUUACCUCCUGUAAAUAAUAAACACUCUGAACCUUUCAGCCCA